GGACUUCCCAGAGCGACUGUCGUUCGCGUACGCCGAGCAUAUUUGCGCGUAUUUGCUCCGCCGUCGGGCACCGGCAAGGGAGACCCCGGAGGUGCAUGAUGCCUACGCACAGAGUCAAGUACGGCUAUCAACCACCUCUUGGCCAGUCUCUACUACACACACGCUACCCUUACGGCACCCACACGAGGGCUUUCACCUGGUAAGUGGGACCCCGCCGUGUUGGUAAGCUGGCCGUGGCAGGUCCUAAGAGACAGACAGACGCUCGUUCACGGCGUUGCAAAUACGGGAAAGUCUCGCCGCACGCGACGGUCGACUAUACGUUGAUAUGUAUACGACCCUAACCUUAGUGGCCGGCCGCGUAGCCGCAGAGAACACUGACGCUUGCUGACGACGUGGGUUCUAGUUGACAUAUCCGAGUACAUGCACAUACGUACGGCAACGACCUCGAAUAGGAACAAUCCUUUUGCCAGCAGAGGACAUCAAGUUGACCUCAAGACGUCGGAGCAGUGUACCGCGCUCGUCCGCUUCCUAUCUCUGCGCGUACCCGCGACCCUGAGGCACCACCCACUUGCUCGACUAGCGGAUCCCCUUGUCCGAUCCACGAUUCUCCCAUCGGAAACGGGUUACAUCGGCAUCAGAAUGCGUCCUGUCAUCAACUCCUUACUCCGUCCUCUGUAUCCAAGAAAAGCCACUCGAAUGUCCUAAGCGGUCCUCCCGAACUCCGUGCCCCGUCCGUCGCAGCGCACAAGAGCCUCUCUCACAUGCCCCAGCUGUCGUCGUCGAGCGCAACCGCAUCUCAUUGAGCCAUCGCUGACGCUCGGGUCGGCAUCUGUAUUUACGUCGAACACAACUCCUCGUUACAUCUCAUCAUCGGAGAUGUCCUACGUUCCGCCGAAAUCAUGGGAGAGCAAUCCGCUCAACACGUCCAAGUACCUUCACCUCGACGAGGACGAGCGGGCUUUCUUCAAAGCGACAACUAAGAUUGAGGACGACGCCGAACUUGAUCAGCAUAUCUUAACCGUCCAGGCGCAGGCAUACAAGAUAUUUCCGUAUCCGUGCAUUCGCAUUUUCGGGUUCACCCGCAUAAGAAUAUCUCGUCUCCCCGCCUACGAGAAGUUUCUUGAGCUCGGGCGCAACCGCGCGAACCCCAUCUUCAUCGAUCUCGGGUGUGCAUUUGGAAGCGACGUCAGGAAAGCCGUUCUCGAUGGCUACCCCAUUGAGUUCUGUUUGGCGACAGAUCUUCGUGGCGGUCUAUACAGAGAGGGCUACGCGUUGUUCAGAGACACUCCGGAGACAUUCCCGGUGCCGUUCAUCGAGGGCGAUGUUUUCGACCCCGAUUUCCUUGCCAUUGCUGAGCCACCUUCCAAGGAUGUUACUCUUAUCUGUCCCCCACCGUCGCUCAAGGACCUAGUCUCGCUGAACCCUCUCCGCGGACACGUCUCGGCAGUCUACAUGGGAAAAUUCCUGCACAUAUUUGACGAGGCCGGCCAGGCGCACAUCGCGAAGGCUCUCGCAGGCCUGCUCUCUCCCGAGCCGGGGUCUAUCCUCUUCGGCGUACAAGGUGCGCUCGAGGACAAAGGACCUUUCACGCCCACGAGCUCCGACUGGACGAUGUUCUGCCACUCACCGGAGAGCUUGGGCAAGCUAUUCGAGGACGCGUUCGGCGGCCCGGGCACGAUCAAGUUCGAAAGCCGGAUGGUCGAAGAGCCUGGAGGACCGACCUACUUUGACACCUGGCCGGGUAACCAGAAGCCGUUUACUUGCCAAGAGUGGUCCGUUACCCGUCUAUAGGAGGGGUUAGGUGCGUCGGUGUAGCCGUGUCAUACUCGGAGUAGAGCGAGCUCGCCCAAAUCAUAUCUUUGUCAUAUUCGGCUCGUAUCCCACUCGCAGUCUCUUCGGUCAUCCAGGCGCGCAUCCAAGCCCCAUCUUCUCAUUAUCUGCGUGCUCGUCGUAGGGUCCUCGUUGUAAUAGCGGUAUUGCGGUGUGCAGGUGUAACGAAUUGGAACAUGCCAUCCC